GUGGUUUUCCCCUUCCAGGCUUCCACCAGGCCGCCACCCUGGUCCUAGGAUUUCCUCCUCCCCUCCUCCCCCCCCUGGCUGCUAGGGUUUAGGGUUUUGCGGCCACCAUGCACCACCACCUCUCGCGCCUCCUCAGGCACCGCCUCCUCCUCCCCACCGCCUCCUCGCCCUCUACCGCCGCCGCCGCGGCAUUCUCCACGUCCUCCAAGAAGCCUUACACCCGCCGCGCCAAACCGCCGCCAGCGGAGCCCCCCGCGGCGCCGAACUCCGGGGACGAUGCGGCGGCCGCCUCUCCCGUAGCGGACGCGGCGGUGGAGGCGGAGGCGAAGGCCGCGUGGCAGAGGGAGAAGCUCCACGGCGACUUGCCGCGGCCGCCGACCAUCCCGUUCCAGCCCAAGGUGGCCAACACCGUGCGCCUCGUCGGCACCGUCGGCGCGCCGGUGCACCUGCAGCGCACGCCCGACGGCCGCUUCUCCGCAGUCUCCGUGCUCGUGCAGGACCGCCGCAUCGACUUCCCCAGCUUCUGGGUUCCCAUAGUUUUCAAAGAUGACUUGGCCCAAGUAGCUGCUUCCCACUUGAAAGAAAAUGACCUUGUCUAUGUGUCUGGGCAAUUGACUUGUGAUGUUCCACCUCUCAAGCUUGAUGAUGGCCAAGCAAACAUUCAGGUUUUAGCGCAUUUGCUGUCAUUUGUUGACAGUAAUGUUGUUGAUACGGAAGCCGUAAUGGAUGAGGAAGAAGGAUUUAUGGAAGUCGUCGAGCCUGAAAAGAAAGUUGAAGCAAAAAGAGUCAGCUCUAAAUACCCACCAGGCACAUUUUCAGGUUACCGAAGCAAGUGGGAUAAGUUCAAUAAGCUCUGGAAUGAUGUUAUAACGAGGCCAGAAGAUUGGAAUGAUCACCGGCCUCAAAAGAAAAAUGGAUCUAAAAGUCCAAAGUUUCCUGAUUUUACGAACAAGGUUUCAAAAGAGGCACUCUGGCUCGACAGUGCACAAAGCACAGUGCUGGAAAAACUGGAUGAUGUGGUCUUUGGUAGUGGUUAUGCUGCAUGUAGAGAAGAUAAACCCUACAGUACUGACACACAGAAAGGUACCAGUACAAACUGGUCGAAGUUUAGGAAGAGCCCAGAUGCUUCUGCUUCAUCAAAACAAAAAAUUGAAGAGGAGGAGUUGUGGCGAGAUCUACUGGACAAUCCAGCAAAUUGGUGGGACAACAGAACAGACAAGCGCUCACCAAAGAGUCCUGAUUUCAAGCACAAGGAGUCGGGCAAAGCUCUGUGGAUAGGAUUUAAGACACCUCAAUGGGCUGUAGAUGCCCUUCCAUCCUUGAAUUUUAAGGGAGGCAGCAAGGGUACAAGAAAGCAAGAGACCUUGCUGUCAUGAUGGAUGGAUAUAUGAGCUUGGCCUCAGUGGUAAGCCCUUGCAUGUGCUGUAUGCACAACUCCCUUGCUAACUAUUGGGGUUGCCUUUGUGUAAAGGCGUGUGGCAAUUAUAAUUAUAUGUGCUAACUCCUGAUUCAGGUAGAGUAUACUAAACAAAAUUCAGGUUGGGCCAUUUUGUCACGUCAGGAUCAGGAUGUAAAUAGUUUCCGAAUUGAUGCUAGUACGAUAUUGUCACAUCACAUCCUGUCGGCUUAAUUCGAUGAUGCCCUUUCAAAGCCCAGUUUUGGCUAUUGUACCCUUUACUAUUUUCUCGGGUUGAUUGCUAAAAAAAUAACCCGCCAUGUUUCGUGUU